CACUGAAAUACUAAAACGCGCGCAAUGGAGCUCGCCGCCCAGCCAUUGAUGCGAGAGUUAGGCCUCACCAACCAGGACUUUGUUUUAGGGGACGUUAGACUCAGCCAGGAGGAUGAGAUAGGUCGUGGAUCAGAUGCUGUCGUGUAUCGCCUGAAUUGGCAAGGAAUAGACAUCGCCCUGAAAGUUCUGCAUCCCGUUUUGAUUGAGCCCGGUGUUCAGGACCGUGAAAGGAGUAUCCGUUCAUUCGGCCAAGAGAUAUUCCGUCUCAGUCGCAUCCACCACCCCAAUCUUUGUCAAUUGCUGGGCAUUGCUCGAGUUGGGCAAAACGCUGCUCUCGCGUUGGAGUUGCUGACGUCGACGCUGGAAGAGUUGAGUAUUGGUGAGGAUCGUGAGGAUGGCUUGAAGCUGGUCGGCUACCUCUGCGACACGUCGUCUGGUAUCAGAUACCUGCACGUUCGCGGGAUUCUCCACCGGGACCUCGCCCCGAAAAAUGUGAUGAUCAAGAACGGAGUCGCAAAGGUAUGCGAUUUUGGCAUGGCGAAGUUCGUACGUUUGGUAUCCCCUCGUCAACAGAAGCGACAAGUGAAGGCGGCUCGAAUGGACAUGACCUGUUGCCCCGGAACGCUGGCAGUCAUGCCACCGGAGGCCCUGGUCGAGCAACCAGACUAUGAUCGUCCGCUUGAUAUUUUCUCGUUCGGAGUUACGCUACUGGCUGUUAUGACUGGUGUUAUGCCUGGGAUCGACCUGAUCAACGCUCCGUCCGUUGUAAUCGUGCGCGACGCCGCCAGUGGACGGGAAACGACGCAGGUGGUGACAGAGACAAGACGGCGAGUAGCUUAUCUUCGGCGCCUCCCUAAUGACCACCCAUUGAAGCCACUGGCAAUUCGCUGCCACUCCAAUGAACCGAGCGAGCGACCGACUGCCGAGGAAGUACACGACGAGAUGAAGCGAGUGCUACAGCUUUUCACCAGUCUUUCGUCGGCUGAAGACGAUGAUGGUGGACCGCAACCUGAUACUGCAGCUGCUGCUGCUGCUUCUCCAGUUGCUGCUACUACUGAUGUUGCUACUGCUGCUGUUGCUGCUUCUCCAGUUGAUGCUGCUGCUACUGCUGCUGCUGCUGCUGCUGCAGCUGCUGCUGCUACUGCUGCUGCUGCUGCUGCUGCUGCUACUGCUGCCGCUACUGCUGCUACUGCUGCUGCUACUGCUGCUGCUGCUACUACUGCUACUGCUGCUGCUACUACUGCUGCUACUACUGCUGCUGCUACUGCUGCUGCUACUGCUGCUGCUGAUGCUUCUCCAGUUGCUGAUAACGAGCGCGAUCUUGCAAGACCUGCUGCUGCUGCUGUUGCACGUACAGCUCCUCACACUGUUUCUCACACCCAAUGCUACAAAAAGAAGUGCUGCACUACCCAGUACUAUUGUGAAAAGAACGGGGCCCAGGACAGAGCCUUGAGGUACCCCUCGACUACAGGUCACGGAGUCGCCGGAUGUUUUUGUGGAGGGGUUCGUCACUGUCUGUCGACGAGCGCUUAG